UCCCCGUCUCUCCUUCCUCUUCCUCCUCCGUCACGCGCGACACAACACGGAGGGAGGGAGACUUUGGCCUCACCCUCGCCGAUCACAUCCACGCGCCAACCAACUAACCCAGAUAAAAAAAAAGUCCGAGGGGAAGAAAACUCGAAGCCGAGAGCCGUAGAAGAGCAGUAGGGGGAGCGGCAGAGAGCUACGCGGAUCGCGGUCCUUGCUCGCGGAGAUGAAGAACCUGUUCAAGAGCAAGAUCAAGUGGCAGCACCGCUCCAACGACCCCGCCGCCGCCCCGCCGCAGCAGCAGGGCCAGCCGCCCACGUCCACCUCGCCGGCCAGCUCCCCGUCGGGUGCGGCACCGGCGCCGGCGCUGUCGUCCGCGGCCCCGGCCCCGACGGCCUCCUCCUCCGCCUCCCCGUCCCCUUCCGCGCCGACGGGCGGGGACGACUACAUGUACUCGGAGGAGGAGUUCCAGAUGCAGCUGGCCAUGGCGCUGUCCGCGUCCAACAGUGACUGCGCGGGGGACCGGGACGGGGACCAGAUCAGGAAGGCCAAGCUCAUCAGCCUCGGCGGGGGCCACCGCUUCCCCGCUGCCAGGGACGACGGACACACCGCGGAGUCGCUCUCCCGCCGGUACUGGGAUUACAACUUUCUUGAUUAUCAUGAGAAAGUUAUUGAUGGUUUCUACGACAUAUUUGGCCCCUCUAUGGAUUCCUCAAAGCAGGGGAAGAUGCCAUCACUAGAAGAUCUCCAAACAGGCAUAGGGGACCUGGGCUUUGAAGUUAUUGUAAUCAACCGUGCCAUUGAUACUGCCUUGCAGGAAAUGGAGCAAGUGGCUCAGUGCAUCCUGUUGGACUUCCCUGUUGCAAAUAUUGCCCUCCUAGUGCAGAGAAUAGCUGAUCUUGUUACAGAUAAUCUUGGGGGACCUGUGAAAGAUGCAAAUGCCAUGCUCGCGAGAUGGUUGGAGACCAGUACUGAGCUGAGAACCUCACUACACACUAGCUUGUUGCCUAUUGGCUGCAUUAAGAUAGGGCUGUCUCGUCAUCGUGCACUACUUUUCAAGAUUCUUGCUGAUAGUGUUGGCAUUCCAUGCAAACUUGUCAAAGGGAGCAAUUACACUGGUGAUGAUGAUGAUGCUGUUAACAUAAUAAAGGUGGACAAAGAAAGGGAGUUUUUGGUAGAUCUGAUGGCUGCUCCUGGUACUCUUAUUCCAGCAGAUGUCUUAAGUUGGAAGGGCAGUUCGUUAAAUCCUAACCGGAAACUUGGCCAUAAUCAGAUCGCUGAGUCAUCAAGUUCCAUUCAUCCUAAUCCAGGUUCUAGUGCUCCGUCACUUGAACAUAAAGGUGCCCAACUACCUUUGAUUAACAGUGACGAUUGGCUAUCAUCUAGUCAGUCUGGAUAUGAGAAAGAAGCAGCCAUAGCAUCUUCACAAACCUCUUCUGGUGGCACGUCAUCUGUUACUGCUGCAAAUUUAUUUGAUGAUAAUUGGACACUAGUUUCUCGUGAGCAAUCGGACGAGCCGUCAACUUCUGCUGGUACAUUGUCACAGCAGAAAGUUGUGCUAUCAGGUAGAGAACAUCCACAGAAUGGGAAUAUAAAAUUGACUCCAGGUCUCCAGGAAAAUGCAGAGUCCAAAAACCUUUUUGCGGAGCUUAAUCCUUUUGGGGGUAUUGAGUCGAAGAAAGCUUCAGUGCCACUCAAUGUGCCAGACAAUAGAAACAAUGACUUGCAGAGGCGUAGAGAAAAUGUAGUCCCUAGCACUGGAAGACCACAGCAGCGAUUGGUUAUGAAAAACUGGUCUCCUUACAAUGAUGUUUCCAACAACAAGCAGUACAAUUAUGUUCAGGACUCAUUUGCACGUAGAAAUGUUGGUGAUAAUGUUGUAUCAUCACCGCAGGUACCACGGUCAGCUGCAAACAAUAUCAAUCUUAAUGUUGGAAUGCGUAACGAUACACCAUAUGCGGCAUCAGCUCAUAAUUAUGACAGUAUUAUGGCUGGUUCCUCUGCUAUGAACAUGACUUCUACAGCUGGGAUUGGGAAGGUUCCUGAAAAGGUUCUGCGUGGUGGUCUGGACAAAGGUCCUAUGAAUUCCAGGCUGCAGGAUCAACCACCAUUUGAAAUACAUAAAUGGGGUAAUUCUACAGAACGAAGAAUUCCAACAAAUGCAAUUCAGAAUCAAGCAAAUGAACGCAAGGAUAACUAUGGUGGAAAGCAAGACAAUAAGAAGUUAGUUCCUGAUCCAAAGAAGUCUCCACUCGACAGAUUCAUGGACACGUCUAUGCCAUCAAGAAAUCCGGAAUCUAUUUCACCAUCUUCUGCUAGAUCACACAGGCUUGAUAGCAUGUUUGACGAUGUGUCUGAAUGUGAAAUUCUGUGGGAAGAUCUUGUGAUUGGUGAAAGGAUCGGCUUAGGUUCAUAUGGAGAGGUGUACCGUGCUGAUUGGAAUGGAACAGAAGUAGCUGUAAAGAAAUUCUUGGAUCAAGACUUCUAUGGGGAUGCUUUGGAUGAAUUCCGAAGUGAAGUGCGGAUUAUGCGUCGACUGCGUCAUCCAAAUAUUGUUCUCUUCAUGGGUGCUGUUACACGCCCUCCGAACCUAUCUAUUGUAUCUGAGUAUCUUCCAAGGGGAAGUUUAUAUAAGAUCCUUCACCGUCCUAGCUGCCAAAUUGAUGAGAAGCGGAGGAUUAAGAUGGCCAUUGACGUGGCCAAAGGCAUGAAUUGCCUGCACACUAGUGUACCAACAAUUGUUCACCGGGAUCUUAAAUCACCAAACUUGCUGGUUGACAAUAAUUGGACUGUAAAGGUUUGUGAUUUUGGACUUUCACGCUUGAAACACAGUACAUUUUUAUCAUCCAAAUCCACUGCUGGAACUCCUGAGUGGAUGGCUCCUGAGGUCUUGCGAAAUGAGCAAUCAAACGAAAAGUGUGACGUCUACAGCUUUGGCGUCAUCUUAUGGGAACUAGCAACACUUCGCAUGCCAUGGAGUGGGAUGAAUCCCAUGCAAGUCGUCGGAGCAGUUGGCUUCCAGGACCGGCGGCUGGAUAUACCGAAGGAGGUUGAUCCUCUAGUUGCAAGGAUCAUAUGGGAGUGCUGGCAGAAGGAUCCAAAUCUGCGGCCGUCGUUUGCUCAGCUAACAAGUGCUCUGAAGACGGUUCAAAGGCUGGUAACCCCCUCUCAUCCGGAGACGCAGGGCCCCCCUGUGCCCCAAGAAAUAUGGGUGAACUCCUCUACCCCAUGAGUGGGGUUUAAAGAGCGCUCCAUAACAGAUUUCGAUGAACCGUUUGUUGUGAUCGCCCCUGUUUGCGGUUUGUCCAAGUGUGCAGAUGUGGGCGCGUUGUGUGUAGAUGGAGCGCCCCAGAUCGCAGACGUCCCGCGGCAGAGUUUGUUGUAUAGAUAGGGGAGGUAGGUUCCCAUGGGACAACGGUCGGCACAAGUUAUUCCCGUUGUGCAUCCAGCCUGGGUCUGUCGCGAGGCCUCUUGGUAGAACCGAGAGUUCAAUGUUUACAGAUUCAGGGUAGUCCGAGCGUGUUAACGGUACUACUUGUGCUCCUCAUGCCUCAUGGUGAAUUGGUCUUGUUCUGUUGGAUUAUGAAGCGUCUGAUCUGAUUCUGAUUAUAUUACACUCCUACUGUGCUUACAAGUGGACUAAAUUGCGAUUUUAAGCCGGAUCUAGGCCAGUUGCCGUCUUGGAAGUUGGUUGUAGUCGUUUCUGUGACCGUGUAAAGAAAAGGAAAGAUACAUUUGUGCUGCA